GGCGGAAAAUCACUCUACUCCCUACGCGAUUUAUUAAGCUCUGGUGAAGCUUUGAACUUGCUUGUACAAGAAUAUUUACAAUUGGUCUCAAUUGACAACGACAAUUGAUCAACAGACCUAUCUACCUUUCGCAUUAACAGUAUCAGCAAAAUCAUUGUCGCGAAGAUGGCUGGAAUCGAUUCCGAUUGGUCGUCCGAUUCAAAUGAGGCCAUUUACAUCUCCCUUGUCACUCCGGGCGCAGAAGGCAUAACCUCACUUCAUACUUUCAAUCCAAAAUUCACAUAUCCCAUAUUCGGGGACGAGGAAUCAAUAUUUGGAUACCAGGGAUUGAGAAUCAACUUAAAAUACAAUGCCUGUGAUAUGCGACCUGGCCUACAAAUCACCUACAACAAGAAGUUUAAAGCAGUCGGUGACAUAGAACCAACAGACCUGAAGGCAACGCUGGAACCAUUCUUACCAAAGACUGCUUUUGAGAAAUCAAGUGUUUUUGAAUCGCAUAUUUCAGCUACCCCAGCAGAUUGGCAUCCACCAGGAGAACUCUUUCGCGCAAUUGAGGUCGGUGGAGAGAUAUUUGAAAUAUGGAAAGGCAAUCUCUCGGAUCCGGUAAUUCAACAAACCAUCAAGCGAGUGCAAACUCUAGUCCCAUUGUUUAUUGAAGGAGGAACAUUGCUUGAUCUGGAUGAGUCGGAAGAUGACCUUGGGCGUUGGACAGUAUUCUUCUUGUACCACAAGAAGCCAGCCGCAGCCUCAUUUUUCGAGAAAUCUUCAUCUUACGUGUUCAUGGGCUUUUGUACUGUUUAUCGCUAUUUUGUUUAUACGCCUGCUACCCCUCCACAAUCCCCCAAUGGCGACAAAAUAGCUCCCGAGUUUACAAUCCCUGUUGAUGGUGUAUCGUUUAACACGCUUCCAUGUCGUUCAAGGAUAUCGCAAUUUCUCAUUUUACCCCCUUUCCAGAGCGGGGGCAAAGGAUCACUAUUCUACAACGCCGUAUUCGACUACUUAUCCAGCGACCCAUAUACAAGAGAAAUCACAGUGGAGGACCCGAAUGAAGCAUUUGACGAUUUAAGAGAUAUCAACGAUCUGGGUCGUUUACUCAAAGACGAGCGUUUCCUUAAAUUAAAAUUGGACUCUAAGGUGAAAAUUAACCCUAAAGGUCCAGCACCAGCCAAACUCUUUGAUACCGAUGCAUACGAGAAGCUACGAAUUCAAUCUAAAAUCGCCCCUCGACAAUUCGCUCGCCUUCAUGAAAUGUAUCUCCUGUCUAUAAUCCCCCCAUCCGCCAAAGCAGCCCUUUUCCGCGACACUGGAAAACCUCAAAAGUCUCUCCCGCCCCCCAGAAAAGAAGAUGAACAUAUGUAUUAUCUCUGGCAACUCCUUGUGAAGCAACGUCUCUAUCGUCAUAACAAAGAUGCAUUGGCGCAAUUUGAUCGUGGAGAAAGAAUCGAUAAAUUGAACGAGGCUUUAAUGGGUGUAGAGGCUGAUUAUGGAAGGCUAAUUGAGAUAGUGGAGGAGAGAAUUGAGAGGGAGAAUCCGACUGUUGUUGGAAAGGGUAAGGGGAAGAGUGUGGCUAAUGGAAAUGGAAAGAGGGCUGUUAGUGAAGAGGACGAUGAGGAUGAAGAUGAUGAAGAUGAAAAUGAGGAGCCUUUGGCUAAGAGGUUGAAGUUUGCUUCUUGAAUAGCAUAGGUGAUAAUAUGGCUGGUGUUGGAUGGAAGAGGCACGUGUAUUAAAAGUGGUAUCGUAAAUUGGUACUCACUAUAUCAUGGAGUUCGGGUGUGAUUGACUUUAGGGAUGAUAUCAGGAACUGCUUGAAACCUUUGAUUUUCGGAUGGGAAAGAAUUAAUCUGAAGAGAAAGGAUGAACAUUAGAGUCACAUAGUUCAACUUCAGAUAUUAGUACGCAACGAAAUUCACACAUUUCAAUUUUUCUUUGCGCA